AUGGAAGGAGAACUGAAGCAGCACACAGUGGUGGUCGUGGGCAGCGGUGGCCGCGAGCACGCCAUCGUUUGGAAGCUCAGCCAGAGCCCCAAGGUGGCUCACAUCUACGUCCUGCCCGGCAAUGGCGGUACGGAAGCGCUGGGCCGGGAGCUGGCCAAGAAGGGUGCGCCGGCGGUGGUACAGAACGUGGCCGGGAUCAGCACCAACGAGGCCAUCGUCGCCUUUGCCCAGGAGAAGAAGGCCUCGCUCGUUGUGGUCGGACCGGAGGCUCCUCUCGCCGCUGGACUUGGUGACGAUUUGAACAAGGCCGGCGUGCCGUGCUUCGGUCCCUCCAAGGCAGGCGCUCAGAUCGAGGCCUCUAAAGUCUUCGCCAAGGAUUUCAUGCAUAAACACAACAUCCCCACCGCCACCUACCAGGUGUUUGACGAUGCCGAGAAGGCGCUCAAGUACAUCGACGACACCCCACACACGCUGGUGGUCAAGGCGUCAGGCCUGGCGGCCGGCAAGGGCGUCAUCGUGCCCAAGAACAAGGACGAGGCCAAGCAGGCUGUGCGCGAGAUCAUGGUCGACAAGGUGUUUGGCGAGGCCGGCAAUCUGGUGGUGCUGGAGGAGCUGCUCGUCGGACCCGAGGUCUCUUUCCUCGGCUUUUGCGAUGGUACCACGGUGGUCCCCAUGCCCGCCGCUCAGGACCACAAGAGAGCGCUCGACAAUGACAAGGGCGCCAACACGGGCGGCAUGGGUGCCUUCGCGCCCACGCCGGCCGUCACGCCCGAGAUGGCGCAGGAGUGGACCGCCACCGUGCUCCAGGCCGCCCUCGACGGCCUCAAGAAGGACGGCAUUCCCUUCGUCGGCGUCCUCUUUGCCGGUUUGAUGCUGACCAAGAAUGGGCCGCGGGUGCUGGAGUACAACUGUCGGUUCGGCGACCCUGAGACGCAGGUCAUCCUGCCCCUCCUGAAGACGGACCUGUUCGAGGUCAUGCUGGCCUGCGUGCAGGGCCGGCUGGCCCAGCUCCGCGUCGAGUGGGCCACCGCGCGCGCGGCCGUCACCGUCGUCGCCGCCUCGGGCGGCUAUCCCGACAAGUACCCCGUCGACAAGCCCAUCGCCGGUCUCAACUCUCUGCCCCAGUCCAUCGAUGCCGAGGGUGGCGUGUAUGUGUUCCACGCGGGCACGAAGGCGGCCGCGGACGGCCAGGGGGUGGUGACCAGCGGCGGCCGCGUACUGGCGGUGACGGCCGUGAGCCCCCGGCCGGCCCAGGCCAUCGCCCGGGCCUACGCCGCGCUCGACAAGAUCCACUUCGACGGCAUGCACUACCGCUGCGACAUCGGAUCCUACUUUGCCAACAACACACUUCGUCUGGCGGUGCUGGGGUCGACGCGGGGCACGGACAUGCAGGCCAUCAUCGACGCCAUCGCGCGCCGCGAGCUCAAUGCCGAGAUCGCGCUCGUGGUGAGCAACCGCGCCGACGCCUACAUCCUCGAGCGCGCCCGCGCGCACGGCAUCGCCCACCACUUUGUCGAACCGCGCGACGCCGAUGGUAAGCUCAAGCCGCGCGAGGCCUACGAUCGCGAGGUGAUCGCCGCCCUUGACGGCGUCGACGGUGGCGUCGAUCUGGUGCUGAUGAUCGGCUACAUGCGCAUCGUGUCGGCGGCCUUUGUCGAGCGGUUCCGCGGGCGCCUGUACAACGUGCACCCGUCCCUUCUGCCCGACUUUGCCGGCGGCAUGGACCUCGACGUCCACCAGGCCGUGCUCGACAGCGGCGCCAAAUUCACCGGGUGUACGGUGCAUGUGGUGACGGAGGAGGUGGACGCGGGUCCCAUCCUGGUGCAGAAGCGGUGCGCCAUCGACGCGACCGACAACGCCGACACGCUCAAGGCCAAGGUCCAGCACCUCGAGGGCGUGGCGUUGAUCGAAGCCAUUCAGCUGUUCGAGCAGCAGGAGAAGCAGAAGUACCGGGCCGAAGAGGUCAAGCGCCAGCAGAGGCGCGAGAAGCGCAAGGCCGCCGAGGGACAAGGACCCGUGACGUACCGCAGUGCGGGCGUGGACAUCGAUGCAGGCAACCUGCUCGUGGAGCGCAUCAAGCCCUUCACCAAGGCCACCGCCCGUCCCGGCACCUCGGCCAACAUUGGCGGAUUUGGCGGUCUGUUCGAUUUGAAGGAGGCCGGCUACAGGGAUCCCCUGCUCGUGAGCGGCACUGACGGUGUGGGCACCAAGCUCAAGAUUGCGCAGGAAGUGAAGAAGCACGACACCCUCGGCCAGGAUCUGGUGGCCAUGUGCGUCAACGACAUCCUCACGCGAGGCGCCGAGCCGCUCUUCUUCCUGGACUACUUCGCCACCGGCGCUUUGGCCGUCGACGAGGCCACCCAAGUUGUCAAGGGAAUUGCGGAUGGCUGCAUGCUGGCGGGAUGCGCGCUGGUGGGCGGCGAGACGGCAGAGAUGCCCGGCAUGUACCCGCCCGGCGAGUACGACUUGGCCGGCUUUGCCGUGGGCGCGGUCGAGCGCGACGGCGUGCUGCCCAUCAUGGACACCAUCAAGGAGGGUGACGUGGUGAUCGGAUUGGCGUCCUCGGGUCUUCACUCCAACGGCUUCUCGCUGGUGCGGCACAUCAUCAAGCUCAACAACAUCGACGUCUCGGCCAAGCCGCCGUUCGCUUCGAAACAUGAGAAGUUGGCCCAUGCGCUGCUCGAGCCCACGCGAAUCUACGUCAAGUCGGUGCUGCCCCUCAUGAAGGCCCGCAAGAUCAAGGCCGCCGCCCAUAUCACAGGUGGUGGGCUGCUGGAGAACAUCCCGCGAGUGCUGACGCCCAAGAUCGGGGUCGAUCUGGACGUGGCGCAGUGGAGCGUGCCGCCGGUGUUCGGCUGGCUCGCGUCGCUGGGGCAGCUCCAGCCGCGCGAGAUGCUGCGAACCCUCAACGUGGGCAUCGGCAUGACCCUCCUCGUCGCACCCGACCACGUCGCCUCCGUCCUGGAAGCCCUCACCGCCUCUGGGGAAGACGCGCGCGUGAUCGGCAAGGUCGUGCCGCGCAGACUGGACGACAGCGAGCAGGUGCACGUGGCCAACGCCCAACUGCUGGCCUCCCCCGCCCCCGCCACCUUCUGA